GGGCAAAAAUGACCAGCUCCCGUUGCGCAACCUGGCAACCCGCGAGAGUCAGAGUGAAGGAGAGGCAGAUUGACUCCCCGCAGGGAUUCAUCAGGUUACACACAGUGCUCUUCAGAUGGCUAAAGGAGAGGAGUAAGUUGGAUAACGGUGGCGAAAACACCCCGAAGUCAUCCGGCUGGCUUCUCACUUCACCAACCGCGACACAAUGCAGCAAGAAUUUGAGGAUAUUGAUUCGUCCGGGAAAUGGCAGAACCUUUACAAUGACAUCCGCAACCAAGCCAUCGAAUAUCCGUACAAAGUAGCUAAGCUUCCAAUAAACAGGAAUUUGAAUCGCUACAGAGAUGUCAGCCCUUAUGAUCACAGUCGGGUAAAGCUUGAAAACGCGGACAAUGACUACAUUAACGCGAGUUUAGUCGCUGUAAAAGAAGCCGAGAGAGCUUACAUUCUAACUCAGGGCCCUUUGAGGAAUACGUGUGGCCAUUUCUGGUUGAUGGUCUGGGAGCAACGUUCUAAAGCUGUUAUAAUGCUCAACAGAGUGAUAGAGAAAGGAUCUGAAAAAUGUGCUCAGUACUGGCCCACUUCAGAGGAGCUGCAGAUGUCCUUCACUGACACGGGUUUUGUUGUUCGACUGUUGUCAGAAGAGGACCAAUCCCAUUAUACAAUCAGGGUGCUAGAACUAGAGAACACAAAGACGGGGGAAUCCAGAGAGAUCUACCACUUUCACUACACCACGUGGCCUGAUUUCGGGGUGCCAGAAUCUCCCGCCUCUUUCCUCAACUUCCUCUUCAAAGUCCGCGAGUCUGGCUCCCUGGGGCCCAAACAUGGGCCCUCAGUGGUGCACUGCAGCGCUGGGAUUGGACGCUCAGGGACGUUUGCCUUGGUGGACACUUGCCUGGUCUUGAUGGACAGGAGUAAGAGCUCGUCAUCUGUGGACAUACAGAAGGUGCUGCUGGAUAUGAGGGAAUAUCGCAUGGGCCUGAUCCAGACCUCUGACCAACUGCGCUUCUCCUACAUGUCCAUCAUCGAGGGAGCCAAGCUCAUUCUGAACUACAGCUCUGCAGAACAGAACCCACAGAUUGGCCUGUGCAGAGAAGUACCGGAGACGGAUCUACGACCGCCAACGCCUCCGCCCAGACCUCAUCUCAAUGCCAGCAGGCCCAACGGCCCCUGCUUGGAGCCACACCCCAGCAGAGGGGACCACCUCUCAUCGAGGGACUCAGACUGCCACAGUAUGGCAGAGAACUCUGUGCAGCUGAGGAAGAGGCACCGUGAGGAGAGGAUCGCUGGCACAGCACAGAAGGUCCAGGAGAUGAAACAAAAACUGACUGAAUCAGAGAAGAAGCAGGAGAAGUGGCAGUACUGGAGGCCCGUCCUGCUCAGCGUGGGUUCUGGGGCUGCGCUGGCUGUCACCGUUUUGUGUUGGAUGUACUUCCACUAAAAUAACUCUGGCUCCCCCUCAAGAAACUGACUCCUAUUUUGCACCGGUACCUUGGAUUAGGUACUUCUUUAAGUAGCCGUAGAUGGUAACAUGUGCAUAACUGAGGGUAUUUAUUAAGGUCAAAAUGCUUAAAGAGCACUAGAUCAAGCGAGUGUGUAUAUUUUUUUCUCAUAAGAUCUUAACAGAAAUAGUAACAUCUCAGGAUCUUUGUGCCAGCACAGUGAUUAGUUUUUUUCUUCUUUCCUCUCGUUGUCACUGUUCAAGAAUGUACUGUGUCAUAGAAACAUGGCUUUGAAUGGAACUUACUAAAGGUGCAGUACAUAGAAAAAAAAAAGAAAAUCAGACAAGUUUAUUUUUGCAUUCUUUAUUUGUAAUGAUCAAAUGUGUGUUUAUCAUCUUUGGAUACAUUUUUGCAUUUCAAAGUCAUUGUUACCGACUGUUGAUCCAACCCUUAGAAUGUAGAGAAGUCCCCAGACUGAAGAUGUUAACUUGGGGAUUUCUUUUUUUAAUAUCUAUGAUAAACUGCAUGUUGACCCAGGUUUUCUACGGCGGCCACUGUUCUUCCACUGUUAAUAAGCAGGGCAUAUCUUUUUUCUUUUUUUUUUCUUCCCACACUAAUAAGAUUAAUUUAGAAUCUUAUGUAAAUCAUACAGUCUGCCAGGUUCCUUGCCAUUUAUUGCAUGUAUUUACCCACUGGUUGGGUCCAAGUUUUCCUGCUGUUGUUUUUGUUGAGAAAAACCAAAGCGAAGCUGUCUGUGUUCAGGUGGUUAACAGCCAGGCCAGCUCCUGGAUGACUAAAGCCUUGUACUCCCAGGAUGUGGAAUGUAUUUUUUUUUUCUUCUUCUUAACCCUUUGACAUAACUCACACCUGUGUUACUAAAUGAAAUUACUCAUGGUACCCAUGAGGUAUUUUGUUGUUUGACUCCUUCAUUUGAAUCAAUAGCAUCACCAGGUUGCUUUUCAGUUAACAGGGACCAGUCUGUAGCUACAGCAGUGCAUGUAGGAGCUGAAUUAAAUCUGAGGUUGGCAGAAAUUGUUGAUUAAAUCUGCAAAUGUUCCUAAAGUAAUAGAAGUGCCAAGGUAUGCUAACAGUUCAGCUGCCUUUUUAUUAACAGAAUCUGUUGUGCAACACAUUAAAUACAUUUUCUACCAAAUGUCUUGAGCAUCAGAAUAAGAUGGCUGAUGGGCUGCUGCUGCUUACUGCAAACAGGUUUUAGUUUUCACAGAAGUCCAAAGAUACGCUCUGGCGCUCAGAAGUGUACACACCCCUGAUAAAAUACCAGGCUUUUGUGAAGUAAAAAUAUUCCCCUGGAAUAUGAUUCUGUUCAAAAUUCAAAGAAUACUUUAUGCAUCUCAGAGAAAAAUUAAAUGUUGUGACUCACAUGAAUUAGACAGCUUCACCGUUGAGUCCCAAGUCCAGUCCGUAGAAAUCAGGAGUCUGACUUGUACUGGAAGUCUGAAGUGUACAGAGUGAAAAGUAAUGGUGAGAGGACGGAGCCCUGCGGUGCUGCUGUGCAGCGGAGUGCCUGGUUAAACACACAGUCCGUCAGUCUUUGUCAGGUAGUCAUUGAGCCAUGUGAUUGUUCAGGCCUCCACCUGAUAAAUCAGUUCCAAAAUAUUUUCACAUAUAAAUGGGACAAUAUAGAGUAGUUGUCUUGCAAUUGAGAGGUCAUAGGUUCGAUUCCAGCUGCUGCAUGUUGAUGUGUCUCUGUGCAAGGCACUGAACCCCAAAUUGCUUACCGAUCAGUGUAUAAAUGUAGAUCAUGGGUGAAUGUGACUCUAGUGUAAAGUGCUUUGGAGGGGUCAAAAGGAGUGGAAAAGUCCAUUUACCAUCACAUCAGCAAUCCUACAUACCGACUUGACAAUAGUUGCCCACUCCAAAUCUGUCUGAUUCUCAGGACAGCUCUUGAAUUUUCUUCUGGAGAAGCUCUUCUCAAAUUGGUUUGGUCUAUGUUUGGACUGGCGAUACAGAGAAAUAAAAUCUCUUUUCGUCUGAAGAUUUUGGGCCAAGGUUCACUAGUACUUCACACUGAGUUGUUUCCACAAACAUGAAAACAACUCGGUGUGAAGAACGGUAGCCAAGCUUCUUGGAGCAGACAUGAGGAGACCACUGCUUGUACAUACUGAUCACAACCAGACCUGAAGGUCUUCAGUACUGCUGUCAGCCUCCCUGAGCAAUUUUCACCUUCUCAAUAAUCCUGGGAAAAACACCCAUAUUUCCUCUUGUCCCUUUUCUCCCAUAUUUUGCUUUUUGUCCCAUAUUUUCUCUAAUUAGUAUGUUCACUGUGCCAUGGUAUAAAUAUAUUUAAUUCUAUUUUUUUGUAUUCUUCUCCUGGCUAAUACCUUUGUAAAAUGAAAACCCUCUGAUCUUUUGUAACCUGCCUAUGCACUCUUGCUUAAGGGAAAGUAUGCAUAUGUGUUCACUUUAUUAAAUCCAUCAUAACUGGUGACAGAUAUUAACUCAACAAGACUAAAUGCUGAAACUGAAUCAAGAGGAACUUCAACCAAAUGCUAAUUUAUUGAAUUAUGGGCACAGUCCCAAUAUGGGUGUGUGUGCAUACUACAGGCUUGGUGUUUAUUUUUAUUUUUUAUAUCCACCACUAUAUUUUCCAGUGGAGAUGAGAAACUUUGGAAAUGAUUUGUCAUUUUAUUUCUUUACAUCACAAAAGUCUGACCAUUUUACCUGGCAUCGCACUGGGGUGUGCACACUUUUGAGAUCGACUGUAUUUUUGUCUUCAGGGUUGAUGUGUGAAACAGUCCUACAUACUUAUGAACAAGGAGAAUGUGGCAGCUGGGAUGUGUUGAGAAAAAAAACAAGUUGUAUUAAAAACAACACACAAUAAAAUCCUUUUUUUUAAUGCAACCCUGUGUUGUGUGAAGCAUUACAGCCAGGUAUGUUUGCUCACAACUCUGAUCAUGAUCCGUUGCCAUACUCCAACUAAAAAUCUAGGAAAAUUCAAUCGUUACUGUGUGCGGAGAAAUGAAUCCAAUGUUAAGGAAAAAGUGGGGGAUUGUGCAAAAAACAGACAAUUUUUGGUGUCCCUGCUAACUGUCAAAAUUCAUACCCAAUUAGAACAUGUGUUUAUUUUAAGAUUUAAAAUAAAUGUUCAAAUGUAUUUAAAA